UCCAAUGCCUGAUGACCCAGUGCCCGCGGUCAUGCCUGGUGACCCGAUGCCCGCUGUCGAGCCAGACGAUCCAGCGCCAGAUGACCUGGUGCCUGCUGUCGAGCCAGACGAUCCGGUACCUGAUGACCCGAUGCCCGCUGUCGAGCCAGACGAUCCAAUGCCUGAUGACCCAGUGCCCGCUGUCAUGCCUGGUGACCCGAUGCCCGCUGUCGAGCCAGACGAUCCAGCGCCAGAUGACCCGCGCUAGAUGACCCGAUGCCCGCUGUCGAGCCAGACGAUCCAAUGUCUGACCCAGUGCCCGCGGUCAUGCCAGUUGACUCGGAACCCACUGUCGUGCCUGGUGA